AUGGUAUCACUGCUCAUCGUCGUCAACCUGGCCGAACGGAGCCCCAAGAACCGUUGGAGCUUCCGUGGAGCUGGAGCUGGGCAAAGGCCUGUUGCCAUUGUAGAGCGCGAGCAACUGGUCCUUUGCGCACCAGCCUCGGGAAAAGUGCUGAAGCUGUGGUUUGACAUCACCAACAGAGGUCGCCCAUUGUCAGCCCUGUACUGUUUGGUGCUGCACCACUUCAAGCACUUCAUUCGAGCUGAUAGCCUUUACUCGGCUUAUCAUCAAAUUUGCAGCUUGCACGCUGGGUACAUCAGCUUCAUUGAGAACCAAAUCCAGCUUGUUGGUGGUUGGUCCAAGCUGAAGCUGAAACUACCCGCAAAGGCAACUUGUCAAUGA